UCGACAGUGUUUUUCUAUGCUUGAUCCGGGGCCGCAACAAACAAGGAAUUGGGGCAAUAAUUUUGUCAAAAAGCAGACAAUACAACAUGAGCAACGGUUUCAUGAGAGACAAAGAUGUAGUUGCUGUUUCCACAGCAGAAGGGGUCGUAGUUAUCACAGGCCUAGCAGAGCUUGCCCACGCUGAGUACCAGGCUGGAGACUAUGAGUCCGCAGAGCAGCACUGCAUGCAGCUAUGGAGACAGGAGCCAGACAACACGGGUGUCCUGCUAUUGCUCAGCUCCAUACACUUCCAACAGAGGAAACUGGAAAGGUCAGCAUACUUCAGUCAGCUAGCCAUCAAACAGAGUCCAACUCUGGCGGAGGCCUAUUCCAAUCUAGGAAAUGUGUAUAAAGAGAGAGGUCAGCUUCAAGAAGCAUUAGAGAACUACAGAUAUGCAGUGAGAUUAAAACCUGACUUCAUAGAUGGUUACAUCAACCUGGCAGCAGCUCUGGUCGCUGCUGGAGACAUGGAACAGGCGGUGCAGGCAUACGUUACAGCCCUGCAGUAUAAUCCUGACUUGUACUGUGUGCGGAGCGACUUGGGGAACCUUCUGAAGGCUCUUGGCAGGCUGGACGAGGCUAAGGCCUGUUACCUAAAGGCAAUAGAGACACAGCCCAACUUUGCUGUUGCGUGGAGCAACCUUGGGUGUGUGUUCAAUGCUCAAGGAGAGAUAUGGUUGGCAAUCCACCACUUUGAGAAGGCUGUUGCACUUGAUGCCCAUUUCCUGGAUGCCUACAUCAACCUGGGGAAUGUUCUCAAAGAGGCUAGAAUAUUUGACAGAGCUGUGGCCUCCUAUCUUCGAGCGCUUAACCUCAGUCAAAACCAUGCAGUGGUCCAUGGGAACUUGGCCUGUGUCUACUAUGAACAAGGCUUGAUUGAUCUGGCUAUUGAUACAUACAAGCGAGCCAUAGAGCUCCAGCCAAACUUCCCCGAUGCUUACUGCAACCUAGCGAACGCUCUUAAGGAGAAGGGUAAGGUCCAGGAGGCUGAGGAAUGCUACAACACAGCCCUUACACUUGCUCCGAACCACUCGGACUCUCUGAAUAACUUGGCCAACAUCAAACGUGAGCAGGGUAACACUGAGGAUGCCGUGAGUCUGUACCUGAAGGCCCUUGAGGUUUUCCCAGAGUUUGCUGUGGCCCACUCCAACCUUGCCUCCGUCUUACAGCAGCAGGGGAAAUUACAUGAGGCACUUCUUCACUAUAAGGAAGCCAUUAGAAUCAACCCCACAUUUGCUGACGCUUACUCCAACAUGGGCAACACACUGAAGGAGAUGCAGGAUGUGCAGGGAGCUCUACAGUGUUACACCCGUGCCAUUCAGAUCAACCCCGCAUUUGCCGAUGCACACAGUAACCUCGCCUCUGUACACAAGGAUUCAGGGAACAUCCCUGAAGCCAUUCAGUCCUAUAGGACAGCCCUCAAGUUGAAGCCGGAGUUCCCAGAUGCCUACUGUAAUCUAGCUCACUGUCUACAGAUUGUGUGUGACUGGAGUGAUUAUGGUGAGCGUAUGAAGAAACUUGUACAGAUUGUGGACGACCAGUUAGAGAAGAACAGGCUGCCCUCCGUCCACCCUCACCACAGCAUGCUGUACCCUCUACGACAUGAUAUGAGAAGGGACAUAGCAGCCAAGCACGCCAACCUUUGCCUUGAGAAGAUCAACAUUCUACACAAGCCCUCAUAUGAGCACCCUAAGGACCUUACAGCCAGUGGGGGUAGACUCAGGAUUGGCUAUGUGAGCUCAGACUUUGGCAACCACCCGACCUCUCAUCUCAUGCAGAGUGUACCUGGCCUGCAUGACAAGGACUCCGUGGAGAUAUUCUGCUAUUCAUUGAGUCCCGAUGAUGGAACCUCAUUCAGAGCGAAGGUGUCAAAAGAAUCGGAACACUUCCUAGAUUUAUCACAGAUUCCCUGUAACGGGAAGGCUGCGGACCGAAUCAGCGCUGAUGGAAUCCAUGUUUUGGUGAACAUGAAUGGCUACACGAAAGGAGCCCGCAAUGAGCUGUUUGCCCUCAAACCUGCUCCUGUUCAGGUGAUGUGGCUGGGCUACCCAGGCACGAGUGGUGCUCCAUUUAUGGACUACAUAGUUACAGAUUCAUUCACUUCACCUAUAGAACUGGAAAACCAAUACACUGAAAAAUUGGCGUACAUGCCGGACACAUUUUUCAUCGGUGAUCACCGCCAUAUGUUCCCACACAUGCUUGAGAAAAUAAUGGUACGCGGAGAAGAGGGUGAUGAAUUCUCUGACAACAACAUCGUCCUCAAUGGCAUUGACCUAGUAGACAUCAAGUCUCACACCUCUGUCAAGAAGGUGACAGUAGAGUGUGCCCCUGGGCAGACAGUUGACGAGGGAGAUGGACAGCCAGGCCGAGUGACGUACGAGAGUAUUUGUCUGCCUGUGCGAACAGUCCUUGCACAGAUGAACCAGACAGGUCUCGCCCACGCCUCCAUCUCCAACAUCACAAUACAGAACGGCGUCACCACAACACAGACAAACAACAAGUGCGCUACUGGUGAGGAAAUCCAGAAGCAUGUCAUAAUCAGUGCACGCUGCCACUACGGCCUCCCAGAGGAUGCAGUUGUAUACUGCAACUUCAACCAGCUGUACAAGAUUGACCCGGACACCCUAGAGAUGUGGUUUGAUGUGCUCAAGAACGUGCCCAACAGCGUUCUCUGGCUGCUCCGCUUUCCAGCCGUUGGGGAGCCCAAUGUGCUGCAGAGCGCCAAGAAUGCCGGCCUAGACAGCAGCAGGGUUGUAUUCUCUCCAGUGGCUCCAAAGGAGGAGCAUGUACGUCGUGGUCAGCUGGCUGACGUUUGUCUGGACACGCCCCUCUGUAAUGGCCACACCACUGGAAUGGACGUCCUUUGGGCAGGAACCCCAAUGGUCACUUACCCGGAGGAAACACUUGCUUCCCGCGUAGCUUCCUCUCAGCUGAAGGCCCUGGGCUGCCCGGAGCUGAUUGCCAAGGACAGGGAGGAUUAUGUUAGGAUUGCUGUAAAACUUGGGACUGACAAAAGCUAUUUGAGUGCCAUGCGUGCAAAAGUGUGGAAGGCCAGACUAACAAGCCCAUUGUUCAACUGCAAGACAUACGCACGAAACCUUGAGCGUCUCUUCUGGCAGAUGUACAAGGUCUACUCGCAGGGAAGUCCGCCACAACAUGUUACACAGCUAGAGUAGAGAUAUGCAGUAGUGAUCUUACUCUCCAAUUGUAUAUUCUUGGGUUUUCAUAGGAGUUACCUGUACCUAUUUGUAAUAGAUAUUACAAGAGUGAUUGUAAAUGUCAAACUUUGUUAUAAUACAGAGUUUCAACCCCUUUGAAACAAAAAUGUGCUUCACCUGAUUCCCCUCACAUUAAAGUACUUUGUUUGGUCUUCAUCUUCAGUAUGCAUGUCUUCUUUCUUUAAGUAUGUUGAUUAUUAUCUGUAUGUUAAUAUAAAACCAUGUUUUUAUUGCACAGAAAAUCCAGAUAUGUGAAAGAAAAUACAAUGGAUUAUUUGUCUGAUAACAUUUGUUAUGUUUAAUAUACAUGUUCUUGGCAAUUGUUUGACAAUUGUUACCCAGUGCAUAUUUCUAUUUUGACCUGUGAAUGUCGUUUGACCUGUAAAUGUCGUUUGACCUGUAAAUGUCGUUUCAUCACUGACACUAAACUAAAUGUAUACUAUUUAUUCAUAUAUGAAUAUCUGUAUUUAUUUCUUUAAGUGAACUUGAGAUAAAUGGAAUUGCUAUCUGUUAUAGAAAGUAUGUUCAAAUUUUAUGUCUUGUUAAUGAAUAAUGUAUUUAUUUCAAUUGUAAUCUUUUACAACACUGUUUUAAUCAUGUAGCUUGUAUAUAUAAUUGUUGGGAGUCUAUUGUAAAUAAACUUUUAAGUCGC